UGCCACAGCAGGGCUGGGAGCAUCCUCAGGGCAGGCGGAGGUCGGAUGUGGUGAGGCCUUCCGGCGAAGCUGAGGCCUGGAACAACAACUCGGUGGGAGACCGUGGAAGGGGUCCAUUAGCGGAGGCUGGGCAGGGGUCAGUGCGCGUGCGCAGCUGGAGGCGCGGCGCGCCGGCGUGCGCGUGAUUUGGCCCUAGACGGAUGCCGUAGCCAAGAGGUUGGGCGGAUGUUGUGAGCCGGGGCGCCGCGGCCAAGGCUCGGGCCUCCAGGACGACUGACUGCCCAUGAGAGAUGAAGGAUGGCAUCCAAGGGGGCCGGCAUGUCUUUCUCCCGCAAGAGCUAUAGGCUGACCUCAGAUGCUGAGAAAUCCAGGGUCACAGGCAUUGUGCAGGAGAAGCUGCUGAAUGACUACCUGAACCGCAUCUUUUCCUCUUCUGACCAUGCACCCCCAGCAGCCACCAGCAGGAAACCCCUGAACUUCCAGAACCUGCCAGAACAUUUGGACCUGCUGCUACAGGUGGACGAUGAAGAAGAGGAAAGCCAGGGACAGGUUGAAGGGCGGCUUGGCCCAUCCACUGUGGUCCUGGAUCACACAGGCGGCUUCGAGGGGCUUCUCCUGGUAGAUGAUGACCUGCUGGGGGUGAUUGGACACAGCAACUUUGGCACCAUCCGCUCUACCACAUGCGUGUACAAAGGGAAAUGGGUCUACGAGGUCCUCAUCUCCUCCCAGGGGCUCAUGCAGAUUGGCUGGUGCACCAUCAGCUGCCGCUUCAACCAGGAGGAGGGGGUUGGAGAUACACACAACUCCUAUGCCUAUGAUGGCAACCGUGUGCGCAAGUGGAACGUGACCACAACGAAUUACGGCAAGGCAUGGGCAGCGGGGGACAUCGUGAGCUGUCUAAUCGACCUGGAUGAUGGCACGCUGUCUUUCUGUCUGAAUGGUGUAUCACUGGGCACUGCCUUCGAGAACCUAUCCAGGGGCCUGGGCAUGGCCUACUUCCCAGCCAUCAGCCUUUCUUUCAAGGAGUCCGUGGCCUUCAACUUUGGCAGCCGUCCUCUGCGCUACCCAGUGGCGGGCUACCGGCCCCUGCAGGACCCACCUAGUGCUGACCUGGUGCGGGCACAGAGGUUGCUGGGCUGCUUCCGGGCAGUGCUGAGUGUGGAGCUGGACCCCAUGGAAGGGCAGCUGUUGGACAGGGAGAGCUCCGAGUGGCGGUUGCGGGGCCAGCCCACUGUCCUCCUCACACUGGCCCACAUCUUCCAUCGCUUUGCACCGCUCCUGCGCAAGGUGUACCUGGUGGAGGCUGUGCUCAUGAGCUUCCUGCUGGGCAUCGUGGAGAAGGGCACACGCGCACAAGCACAGUCCGUGGUGCACCAGGUCCUGGACCUCUUGUGGCUCUUCAUGGAGGACUAUGAGGUACAAGAUUGCCUCAAGCAGUUGAUGAUGUCUCUGCUUCGGCUGUACCGGUUCUCACCCAUCGUCCCAGACCUGGGCCUACAGAUCCAUUACCUACGGCUCACGAUCGCCAUCCUGAGGCAUGAGAAGUCCCGCAAGUUUCUGCUUAGCAACGUCCUCUUCGACGUGCUCCGCUCCGUCGUGUUCUUUUACAUCAAGAGCCCCUUGCGUGUGGAGGAAGCUGGCCUGCAGGAGCUCAUUCCCACCACCUGGUGGCCCCACCGCUCCAGUAAGGAGGGCAAAGAGAACACGGAGAUGAAGGAGGAGACAGCAGAGGAGCGGCUGCGUCGGCGAGCCUACGAACGGGGCUGCCAGCGGCUCAAGAAGCGCAUUGAAGUGGUGGAAGAACUACAGGUCCAGAUCCUGAAGCUGCUGCUGGACAAUAAAGAUGGCAACGGGGGCGAAGCUUCUAGGUACAUAUUCCUGACCAAGUUUCGCAAGUUUCUGCAGGAAAAUGCCAGCGGCCGUGGGAACAUGCCCAUGCUCUGCCCCCCCGAGUACAUGGUCUGCUUCUUACACCGACUGAUCUCUGCCCUGCGAUACUAUUGGGAUGAGUACAAGGCUUCCAGUCCCCAUGCUUCCUACAGUGAGGAGGCCUACAUCCCUCCCCAGGUUUUCUAUAAUGGCAAGGUGGACUACUUUGACCUGCAGCGCCUGGGGGGCCUCCUCUCCCACCUGCGGAAGACCCUCAAAGAUGACCUUGCUUCCAAAGCCAACAUUGUGAUCGACCCACUGGAGCUCCAGGCAGCCACCAUGGAUGACCUGGACGAGGAUGAGGAGCCAGCCCCAUCUAUGGCCCAGCGCCCCAUGCAGGCCCUGGCUGUUGGGGGGUCACUACCCCUGCCCCGGCCCAGCUGGCUCAGUUCUCCAACCUUGGGCCGAGCCAACCGCUUCCUCAGCACAGCAGCCGUGAGCCUCAUGACCCCACGGCGUCCUCUUAGCACCUCGGAGAAAGUGAAGGUCCGCACGCUGAGCGUGGAGCAGAGGACCCGUGAGGACAUUGAAGGCAGCCACUGGAACGAGGGCCUGCUGCUGGGGCGGCCCCCCGAGGAGCCUGAGCAGCCCCUCACCGAGAACUCGCUGCUGGAAGUCCUGGAUGGGGUGGUCAUGAUGUACAACCUCAGCGUGCACCAGCAGCUGGGCAAGAUGGUGGGUGUCUCCGAUGAUGUGAAUGAAUACGCAGUGGCUCUGAGGGACACAGAGGACAAGCUCCACCGGUGCCCUGAGCGGAGGAAGGACAUUUUUGCAGAGUUGACCAAGAGCCAGAAGGUUUUCUCAGAAAAGCUGGACCACCUGAGCCGCCGUCUUGCCUGGGUCCACGCCACUGUCUACUCCCAGGCCAGGCCAUGCCCCCAAGACCCCACUGGUGAGAGGCACACACCCGUGUGCCUCCUGCAGGAGAAGAUGCUGGACAUCUACUGGCUGCUGCGAGUCUGCCUGCGGACCAUUGAGCACGGCGAUCGCACGGGAUCUCUCUUUGCCUUCAUGCCCGAGUUCUACCUGAGCGUGGCCAUCAACAGCUACAGUGCUCUCAAGAAUUACUUUGGCCCUGUGCACAGCAUGGAGGAGCUCCCAGGCUAUGAAGAGACCCUGACCCGCCUGGCUGCCAUUCUUGCCACACACUUUGCAGACACACGCAUCGUGGGCACUGACAUACGAGACUCUCUGAUGCAGGCCCUGGCCAGCUACGUGUGCUACCCACACUCCCUGCGGGCUGUGGAGCGAAUCCCUGAGGAACAGCGUAUUGCCAUGGUAAGGAACCUCCUGGCUCCCUAUGAACAGCGGCCCUGGGCCCAGACCAACUGGAUCCUGGUGCGGCUCUGGAGGGGCUGUGGCUUUGGAUACCGCUAUACACGGCUGCCACAUCUGCUGAAAACCAAACUUGAGGAUGCUAAUUUGCCCAGCCUCCAGAAGCCCUGCCCCUCCACCCUGCUGCAGCGGCACAUGGCAGAUCUCCUGCAGCAGGGUCCCGAUGUGGCGCCCAGCUUCCUCAACAGCGUCCUCAACCAGCUCAACUGGGCCUUCUCUGAAUUCAUUGGCAUGAUCCAGGAGAUCCAGCAGGCUGCUGAGCGCCUGGAGCGGAACUUUGUGGAUAGCCGGCAGCUCAAGGUAUGUGCUACCUGCUUUGACCUCUCGGUCAGCCUGCUGCGUGUCUUGGAGAUGACCAUCACACUGGUGCCUGAGAUAUUCCUCGACUGGACCCGGCCUACCUCUGAGAUGCUGCUACGGCGUCUUGCACAGCUGCUAAACCAGGUGCUGAACCGGGUGACAGCUGAGAGGAACCUGUUUGAUCGUGUGGUCACCCUACGGCUGCCUGGCCUAGAGAGCGUGGACCACUACCCCAUUCUGGUGGCAGUGACGGGCAUCCUGGUGCAGCUCCUGGUGCGUGGCCCAGCUUCAGAGAGAGAACGAGCCACAUCAGUGCUCCUGGCAGAUCCCUGCUUCCAGCUCCGUUCAAUAUGCUAUCUCCUGGGACAGCCAGAGCCCCCAGCACCUGGCACUACCCUGCCAGCCCCUGACCGGAAGCGCUUCUCCCUGCAGAGCUAUGCAGAUUAUAUCAGUGCCGACGAGCUGGCUCAGGUGGAACAGAUGCUGGCGCACCUGACCUCUGCAUCUGCCCAGGCAGCAGCUGCCUCCCUGCCCACCAGUGAGGAGGACCUCUGCCCCAUCUGCUAUGCCCACCCCAUCUCUGCUGUGUUCCAGCCCUGUGGCCACAAGUCCUGCAAAGCCUGCAUCAACCAACACCUGAUGAACAACAAGGACUGCUUCUUCUGCAAAGCCACCAUCGUGUCUGUAGAGGACUGGGAGAAGGCAGCCAGUACGAGCACUACCUCCUCAGCUGCUUAGCUCUCAGCCUGCCAUCCUGGAACCUCCACCCUUGAACCCAGAGCCAGGCUGGGCCCUAUUUAUGAGCUCCCUUUGCCCUUCUCCUGUACCCACCACCACCACAUCCAACCCCCGUGCCUGCCUGUUUCAUUGGUGGGAGCCCAGCCAUGGCCCUAAUUGUGCCUGAGCUUGACUUUCAGUCAGGGCCACAGUGAGCAUUAAAUUAUUAUUCCAUACA